UCUCCGAGUUGGCAACAGUCUUAACUGGAAGAAGACGUGCUUGGGGCGGGUUGGGGGCCGUGAGAAAUUUACUUUCUGGCAGGAACUUCUCAAAUCCACGUCAAUAUUUGAGCGCGACACUAAAUCCGGUUGAUCUGCCUGUAGUUAAGGUCCUGAGCCGUGAACACGAAGGCGAUCAUGUAGAUGGCCACGCAACAGGAUGGGCAUGUUGGUGACCUGGAACGGACCCAGCGUGCCGAUCUGCAGCAGCGCCCUGUCCACGGCCUCUGGGGCGGCCGCCAUAGGCCGGGCCCGGGAGUGGGAGUGGAUGACCGCGCUCACCAGCAGCGGCUCCGACCCACCGACCCGAUAGGACAACCACCUAGCUGCGCGCCGGCCGCCAGCUGGCGACACAGUUCCAGUGGUCACCUCGGCGGAUGCAGCACCUGCAGCCCAGCGGAGCCCGAGGGAACUCCAAGCUUCUGCCAAAGGGGGGGCCUUGCCUGCGGACGCGUCUCCUCUGACCUCGACAACCGUCUCCGCAGUCGCAGGCGCUGGGUGAGCCGGCUUGUGGACGCGAGCGAGCCGCACGAGGACGGAAAGGUUAGGACGCCCCGCCCGACCAACAAGGACCAAAGUGUCAGAUAGCACGACAUUGAAGGGGAAUACGGGUGGAAGGAAGGAGUCGCCGUGACCUGGCCGUGACGUCAACGCCGCACAGCCGUGCUUGUCUCGCGCUACUCCGCGCUGCAGAGACACUCUCCCGCUGCGGCGCUACCCCGUCCGGCUGACUGCCUCACGUGCUGCCCGCCAGGCGGCUCUGCAGCUCCGCGAUCAGCAGCAUGGGCCUGGAGUGCGACAUCUGCACCGAGCCCUUCGACGGCGACCAGCGGCUGCCCAAGGUCCUGCCGUGCGGGCACACGGCCUGCCUGCAGUGCCUGCGCCGGCUGCCCGACAGCAGCUGCCCGACGUGCCGCCGGUACUUCAACCGCCCACCGGAGAGACUCGUCGCUAAGUUCUUGGCGAUGAAGUUGUUGGAGGGAGUCAGGCUGGACAGCACUCCCCGCGUCUGGUGCUCGGACUGCCGCACCUCUCCCUCGCCCCGCUGCUGGGAUGAGGACCACGACGUCUUGCCCGUCAAGAGAGCCCUGAGGCGCCAGCUCCAGGGCGCGCUGCCGCAGGCUGCCGAGCAUCUCAAUGGUCUCCAGGACCAGUGCCGGGAGGAGCAGGCCCUGCCCGCCCUCACCCUGCUGACCGGCGAGUCCUGGGACGUGACGCUGCGGGGCGGCGGCCGGGAGCUGACGGGGACCCUGCGGACCUCCGAGGAUCCCCUCACCAAGGCCCUGUGGCUGCUGCUGGCGACGAGGGCCGAACUCACCGAGGACCAAGCUGCCGCCCGGGACCCAGCACCUGCAGCUGCGCCCACACCACCCCGAGUGGAACUGCGGAGCGCGACGCGGUCACCAACUCGUCUCCCCCGGACCUGCGUGCGGUUCCACUCGGGACCUCCGGCUGCGCCCACACCUCCUGCAGCCCCCCUUGCCGUUCGGGACCCACCACAUGCCGAGGGGCUUCCCCCGUUGGAGAUGCAUGUGGGUGACAUCAGCCGCAGUGAACCAGACGACGACCAGCAGGAGAAGGACGCCGCCCUGCGGGACGCGCCAAGGGUGACACGGCUGGUCUGGGUGCACUGCCACGCGGACCCCGCCUGGAUUCUCCGGCUGCUGCAGCGCGCCGCGCCCACGCUCGAGCAGCUGAGUGUGCGCUGCCCCCUCGAGGCCCACCUGCGCGCCGUGCACGCCAUGCCACGGCUGAGGAGGCUGUGGGUUUGUGGUGAUGACCCGAACGCCGAGCCCCCCCAGCUGCCCGCGCUGCCGCCGGGACACGCCGGCCUGCAGUGGCUCAGGGUGUGGCGCCUCCCCCGCGCCACGAUACGGUUCCUGCUGCGGGCGCACGGCGGCACGCUGGAGGAGCUGCAGCUGCACGUGGGCACGGCGGGGAGAAGACAGUGGCCACACAGCUGCGGCGACCUGCACUCGCUGCUGCAGCAGAGCGGGCUGCGGGCGCUCAGGAGGCUCGUGCUGUGGAGGAGAAUGUUCUACAGGCACGAGCCAGCCGCCUGCAGCGAGCAGCGCGCCGAGGUGCGGCGGGUGCUGCCCAGGGUCGAGGUGCUGUGCAACUUGUGUGACGAUGUGGAGGAGGAAGAGGUCUAGGGGCGGCGAUCAGCGGGCGUGCCCCCGCCACCCUGUGGCAGCGAGAUAGAGGACCCCGAGCAGCAGGGCCGGCAGGGCCACGCCACAGGGGCGUGUUCAGGUUCACAGCGCAGACAUCACUCCUCGCGACCCACAAGCGCGCUGACGUUAACCUAUGGCGGGCGGCCACGGGUGCAGCCCACUCUACGGGUGUGUUUCGUGUCGACUUGUCGACUCGGUAAGCAACACUGCUGCCGAACGGGACGGGCCUCGUGCCUGGCGGACCACACUGCAGUCCACCAGGUAGGUACAGGGAGCGACGCCGCGUGUUCAAAUCAUUCAUCCAUGUACAGCGUCAUACGAUACAGACAUCUAAUUUUAACACAACUUGUACGGCAUCAAGAAUAAAAUAAGUGAAACCUGCAGUAUUAUUGUUAUAAUUAUUACCAACUGUUUUAUUUGCACGUCGCACCGAGGCGUGACGAAGAUAGAUGUCGUGCUCUGAGUAUGGGAAAUUUCUCUGUGUUUGCUGGGCGCAACACCUCGAAGCUCACGAAGCGGGCGGCGGCGAGCGCCGGGCGGGUAGGCCAACCCGCACAGCAGCGCUGUCUAGCGGGACGGCCCACCCGGCGCCUGCCAGCGAGCACCACUCGCGCCGUGACUCCACGUCUCCAGGUUUCUUUUCUUUUCCAGAUGUCAGUAAUGGUUAUAAUCGUAAAUAGAUGUGGUAGUUGAUGGUCGUGGUAAAUUUAUCCUCGUGAGUAUUCCUGUUGGGGUGACACUACCAUUUGCAUACCAUUGACAUCAUACGGCUGCGGCGACCUGCAGUCGCUGAUGCAGCAGUGCGGGCUGCGGGCGCUCAGGAGGCUCGUGCUGCGUAGGGUAGGUCCGACCCGCCAGCCAGCCGCUUGCAGGGAGCAGCGCACCGAGGUGCUGUGCGACCAGUGUGACAGUCUACACUGGUGAAACAAAGGUAGGAUAUCCUACCUUUAAAAGGCACUAAAGCUCCAAAGGCAUUACAGUUUAUGUUUUUUCGAAAUAUUUCGUUUCUGUGGACUAAAAUUGGAUUCUACGGCCUAUUUUCGUAAUCUACGUAAAAUUGCGCGUCGAACGAGCCUACAUGUUCUGUUCAAAAAUGGCAUAAAUUGAUAAAAAAAAUUGUACUUUUUGACUUGCUUUUCAUUCACAGACUGCUUAUCAGAACCCUAUCCCAUCGGAUGCGGAAUUUUGCGAGGAAUGCGACAAUGUACCCCAAAAUGUGAUCUGUUUGCUCAUUCAGAAAAUAUUUGGGAAAAUAUGAAAAUACACACUUUAGCACCACAAAAACGGGUUUAGCACCCCUGGAAAGGUAGGAUAUCGCAC